AAAGACACUCUGUGAGGAAAUGCAUGUGGUCACAAUCGUUUGCAUGCUGCGAUCAUCAGCUCGUUCUGUUGCAUGAACAGCUCUUCGGAGCACGACUGUAGACUCUGAUUGGUCUGUGGAGUCACAGUGAGGAAGUGCAGUGCAACUUUCUCCAAAACCUUGGAUCUGGUGGCUCCAAAUGAUCUGACAUAGUCUUUUAGGUUAGAAAGAAAGAAGAGGAAAUAUGUCUGGCCCGCCACCACCGCCCCCUCCUGGCCCUCCUCCAACCUUUUCACAGGCAAACAUAGAGAAGCCAGCCCUGAACAGAUCAGAAAAGCAAGGGAGAAACGCUUUACUAUCAGAUAUCAGCAAAGGAGCUCGGCUGAAGAAAGCUGUCACCAAUGAUCGGAGUGCCCCAGUGCUGGACAAGCCCAAAGGAGGCGGAGGUGGAGGAGGAGGAGGAGGAGGAGGAGGAGGAGGAGGAGGAGCUCCAGGUGGACUAGGUGGGCUGUUUCAGGGAGGAAUGCCAAGACUGAGAUCAUCAGGAGGCAAUACCGCAGUAAGACCACCGAUGCCUCCUUCAGCGGGGAGAUUCCCAGCACCCAGCAGCCCAGCCGGAAACAGACCCCCGCUCCCAACCGCUGGACGACCUUCUCCUGGGAGGGCCGGACCCCUACCCACCUCGGUUCGCUCACCCAGCUCUCCCAGCGGCCCCCCGCCUCUACCAGGAGGGCGACCAUCAAGUUCCUCCCCUUCUGUUCCAGCCCCAAGCCAUCCGGGCAGACGUCCAAGCCUUCCUCCAGCGAGGGAUCCCCAGCCUUCCUUCCCUCCACCCCCAAUGCCCACAAGUGCCCGGCCGCCAUCAGCCACGAUCCCAAGCAGGCCCUCAGAUGACUUCCCUCCUCCUCCACCACCCACCGGAGGAAGCAGAGCAUCAUUUUCUAGAGAUGGGCCACUACCACCACCGCCGCCAUCAACUGAGAGUAAACCACUGAGUUCUCAAAGGCCUAUGGGUAAUCCGCCUCCAUCCUUACCUCCAGGAAGAGGAGGGGUCCCACCCAUCCCACCAUCCCCACGGGACGAGCCCAACACAAGAGGCUCUCCUAGAAACAGUCUUCCUCCUCCACCACCCCCUGGACGCUCCAGCCCACUGCCACCUCCACCCAACGAGAGGCCGCCUCCACCGGGACGAGGCCCAUCCACACGCUCAGGUCCUCUGCCACCUCCACCCGCUGGAGGAGGAGGAGGCAGAGGAGUGUCUCCCCCCUUACCUCCUCCUAAUCGUCCUGGUGGAUCCGGCAGACCCCCUCUACCCCCAGACCCUCCCAGGGUGCCCAGCUUCCCUCCACCACCCCCCGACACCAUCAAUGGCUACCAGAGUCCUCCAGCACCUGCCACAGAUGAGUGGGGGAUGAGGUUUUCCUUCCAUCCUCCGUCUGAAUUUCCUCCACCGGAGCCGUUCGUGUCCUUCUCCAAGACUUACCCCAGCAAAUCUGGUGGCAAAGGAAUGAGGGACAGAGGAGCGCCACCCUUGCCUCCACUUCCCAGAUAAAAUGCUUUGACAUUAUUUCGUGCGAGCUGGAUUUUCAUCUGCUGAAUGAGACUCGGGAACUCAUUUGUGAAAAUAUGAAUGUUUUUAGCUUUUCAGUUACAUUUUUUAAAUCACUUUUUCAUGCACGUUAAUUCCUUUGGGGGUCAUUUUAUAUCAUGGUACAUAUGUAUUUCCAGAUACGGCGAUUAAAGUGCAUUCUGUCAUCA